CAAAACCUAAAUGAUAAGAGGCAUUCUUCAAAUUGGGACCAAAGAAUGGAUAGUAAAAAUACAUCUCAAGGUUUUCUUUCCUAUUUCUCAAAUUUUGGUUCUUCAGAAGAAAUUCAUGAUGAAGAUGAAAGUUUUACUUUAAAAAAGAAAGGUAAGAAAACGAGCGGAGUAUUUCAUGAUCAUUUAGAGGAGAGGAUACGUCCGUUCAUUGAUCUUAUUGACACUCUGCGGUCAGUUGGCGUUCAAAAGGAACUGGCACUGCCAACUAUUGUAGUAAUUGGAGACCAGAGCUCUGGAAAAAGUUCUGUUUUGGAAGCGCUGUCUGGAGUUUCACUUCCUAGAGGGAGUGGAAUUGUGACUAGAUGCCCAUUAGAACUGAAGCUGCGGCAGGAAAGGAGUGGAAUCAACUGGAAGGCAUCUAUAUCUUACGGUGGAAAGAAUGUUGUUAUUAAGGAUCCCUCAUCAGUUGAACAACACAUUUCAGAAGCCCAAAAUGAGCUGGCAGGGAAAGGGGUUGGAAUCUGUGAUGAGCCCAUUACUUUAACGAUUAUGUCACCAAAUGUGUGUGACCUCACGCUGAUCGAUUUACCAGGAAUUGCCAGAGUGCCAGUUCAAGGACAGCCAGAGGAUAUUGGAAAGCAGAUCAAAAAUCUAAUCUUCAAAUAUAUUGAGAAGACUGAAACUUUAAACAUGGUAGUGGUGCCAUGCAACAUAGACAUUGCAACAACAGAAGCACUAAAAAUGGCACAAGAAGUAGAUCCGGAUGGUAAACGAACCAUAGCGGUUUUGACCAAGCCAGACCUAAUGGACAAGGGAACGGAGCAUAACAUUCUGAACAUCAUCCGGAACAAAGUUAUCCCUCUCAGCAAAGGUUACAUCUUGGUGAAAUGCAGAGGUCAAAAACAGAUUGAUGAAAACAUUUCUCUGGAGAUGGCAACUCAGAUGGAGGCAGAGUUUUUCAAAAAUCAUGAGGUUUUCAGUUGCCUCAUGAAUGAGGACAAAGCUACAGUUAAAUGUCUUGCAACCAAGUUGUCCCAAUGUCUUGUUGAUCAUAUCAAAAAGUCACUGCCACUGCUCUCAGAAAAAAUAAAGAGGCAGAUAUGGGACUUGAAAAGUGAGCUCAAGGGAUGUGAAUCAGGACCACCACUUGACCCUCAGGAGGCAAAAAACUUCUUAAUUACGACCUUAACAGGUUUUAAUGACAUGAUCAAGGACUUGUCACUUGGAGAACUGAUCAAUGGGGAGCUGACCAGUAGGGACCUGAACUGUGAGGACAACUUGUUUGUCCAGCUUCGGGCUGAAUUCAAAAGCUGGAAUGAUAAUCUUGACCAAACCAAGGAGUCAUUUCAACAAUCAAUCAGGAUAUUUAAGGAUCACAGCCAGAAAUGCAGAGGAAGAGAACUGCUUGGUUUCAGCAACUACAAAGUGAUUGAGAAGCUUUUGCAGGAAUGUCUGAAAAAUCUUAAGGAUCCUGCCAUUGAAUCACUCAGUGUCACAAAAGAUAUCAUCCACAAGCAAUUUACCAAGGUUUCGGAACAGUGCUUCAAGAGCUACCCUUAUCUUCUAACUGUCACUAAGAACAAAAUUGAUAACAUUCAUUUGAAGCAGCAGGCCAAAGCAGAGCAAAGGAUCUUGGAGCAGUUUGAAAUGGAGAACUUGAUCUUCACUCAAGAUGCUAUUUACCUGAAGGUCUUGAAUGAAAUCGGCAAACCAGAAGAGACAUUUUCGGAGGAUAACCUUCCUGUCUUUGAUAACAAAAGCAUGUACUCUGAAAUGCUUCAGGCUUAUUAUCAGAUUGUGGUGCAGCGGAUGGCUGACCAGGUGCCCAUGUUGAUCCUCUAUUUGAUGCUAAGGGAGACUGCUCGCCUCCUGCGCACUGAGAUGCUCAGUUUAAUGGAUGGUGCACAAGUGAAUGAGCUUCUGUGUGAAGACUCUGAUGUCAGCAGAAAACGAAUUGAAAUACAGACACGUCUGGAUCGUUUAAACAUUGCUCAGGAAAGAAUGUGUAAUUCUGUUUAGGGAAAAAUCUCAGACAGCUUAACCCAUAAAUGCGUAUUUAAUAUUUAAUAUAUUUCAGCAUAUUACUCUUCCUCCUGUUCAUCCAAAUAUUUAUUUUUUUAAACCUGUAUUUUGUCUCGUGUUAGUCAAAAUAUCAAACACUAAGUGCAACUGUUAAUAAUCCUAAAGUAUUAUUUUAAUUAUUAUUAUCAACAUUUUAGAGCAUUAUAAAUAAUAUAUUUAGAAGCUACAUUUAUACAUAAUGGUGUGUGAAGUCAUUUAAAAAUUAUUCAUGAUCGAGUCAUGACAGUAAGACUUUGUAAAUGUAACUCUAAUCCAUUUAAGCAUCUUCAAUUUGUCUUUGUUGUGUGGUAAACGAUCACAUACCACAACAUACAGUUGUUCACUAACAUAUCAAAUAACAUGUGUGAUUGAGAAAUGGUAACAUUUCUUUUUUUUUUCCUGGAAAUAGUGAAAUGAAGUGUUGAGUAAAGGAAGAAAAUGCAAUUGUCCUCCCUUAUAAACAUAUAUAUAAUUCUAUUUGUAACCCUACAAAUGAUAACUAUAAAGGAGUGAAGUAUGAAAACACAAAUAAUAGUUUAAUUGAAGUAAUUUAUUAAUGUUGAUAGAUCUGGGCACGAGACAAUGUUUUGAUACCGUAAUCGUGCAUGGUUAAUAACACCUAUUGAAUCUGUUUCUAGUCAAACGAAGUUGGACAGAGCUAGACUGAGCAUCAAAGCACAUCUGAGAUUAUUCA